ACCUCUGGUUAAAUUCUCUCUCCUUUGUCUCUCUCCCCUGUCAUUCAAGGCCAUAAUCUGGGUUUGUAACCUCCUCCAGGCCAAUUCACCCAAGGCUUCCUCUGGGGAAUCUGCAUCUUAAUUCAAAGGCUGCUCCAGUCCCCCCAAGCCCCAGUCCUUCUGCCCCUCCUGGGAAUGGAGCUGGUGCCACCCCCUCCAGUCUCUCACUUGAAUGGCAACUGGCACUACCAGUUCCGGAUCAUCCUACUGGGGGACUCCACUGUGGGCAAGUCCUCCCUGCUGAGGCGCUACGCGGAGGGGUCCUUCAUCCCGGCUCCCUGCCCCACUGUGGGCGUGGAAUUCUACAGCAAGAUGAUGGAGCUGCCUCCCGGCAUCAAGGUGAAGCUGCAGCUUUGGGACACGGCCGGCCAGGAGAGAUUCAGAUGCAUCACCAGGUCUUUCUAUCGGAAUGCCGUGGGAGUGCUGCUGGUGUUCGACAUGACCAACCGUAAGUCCUUCGAGCACAUCAUUGAGUGGUACCAUGAAGUGGCCAGCAUCCAGAUUAUGGAGAAGGUCAUCUUCCUCCUCAUUGGCCACAAAAGUGACUUGAAGUCAGACUGCAAAGUCUCCACCGAAGAGGCAGAGGGGCUGGCAGCCUCCCUGGGCAUCGGCUUCAUUGAAACGUCUGCCAAAAGCAACACCAAUGUGGAUUUGGCCUUUGAGAUCUUGACCAACACCAUCUAUGAGGCUCUGAAGAACAAGGAGAUCGAUCUGCAGGAAGGCUGGGAUGGGGUGAAGGUGAUUCACAAGAGAACCUGCAACCCCCAGAAGAAGAGGCGAAAACCGCAAGAAAAAUGCCAGUGCUAACCCAGAAGUUAGGGACUAGGACCUUGCAUAGGGGAUGGAAUUGGUGGAAGUGGGGCUGGAUGAGCUGAUUCAGAAAUAAAUUAGGGAUGAGCCUGAGAUGCGAAGUUGGAGGUUCAGGGGGAGGGGGAGUUCAGUUUGUCUCUAGGGAAAAUAAAAACCUCCAGGACUUGCUUUCACCCAUUGUAGAUGAAUUCCAUGGGAAUAGUAAGAAGUGCACUACUGCCCCCUUUAGGUGGAGAACAGGGAAUCCAGGACCAGUGAUGCAACACUGACUAGCUGCUAGAGGCUUUCCUUUGGUUCUGAGCAGGGGAAAUCCCUUUUAUUACACUGCAGCACUGGCUCUCAGACUUUGUAAUGUUUUUUUUUUUAAACUGAAUCUUAGGACUAAGAAAAUCUUUAGGAAUCUAGGAGUGCAGCUCUUAAAACAUACAUGUGCACGUAUCAAAUACCCUGAACAAUUGAGCCAGUCAAUGGGGCCUUGAGCCUUAGUAGGGUCCCCGGAGUGGUACUGCAUUACUAGGGAUCAAAUCCCCAAAUCCCUGCUUUAUUGAAGCAUCCCAGAGAAUUCAGCGUUACAAAGAAACCGCCAUGGCCUGGUUUUGGGUGCCUAAGGACCACGGUGAGUAGAAGAAUUCUCAGGACAUGAGGAAGCCGAUGAGAUGUUUCCUGAGGGUGGAAUUCAGUUGCAGUGCUCAGUGCGGAGGGGUGAGAUUCACCCCUUUGCAAAGGGCCAGUCUCAUGCUUGGGCACCCAUUUAAUGAAUUCGUUAAUUGUAGAAUAAAUUGCUCAGUUUCUAGUGUAAUGCUAUGCUAUUCGGUCUAGACGGAGGAGGCCUUAAAAGGACAUUAUUAGUAUUCCCCCAAGAUCAGGGCCCCAUUGUACCAUGUGCUAUACCAACAUAUAGCAAAAGACAGUCCCUGCCCAAAGGGGCUUGCAAUUUAAAUAGUUAAAGGGGCAAGAAGGGAAACUGAGGCACAGAGCAGGGCCAUAGAUUCGAGUGACGCUCGAGCUGAUUUUAUUAAUUCAAAUACAAGUAUUACGCUGCCAUGGAUUUCAAUGGCAUAGCCUGGAUCUAAACAAGAGUGACAUUACGGUACCAUCUUGCAUCUAGCUAGAAAAAUCCCAGUUCUGUUCCUCCCUAGUCAGGCAUACUGCAUCUGUCGCAAAUCAAGCAGGUAUUAAACUUCCUAGGUGAAAUCCUGGCCCAUGGGAAAACUCCGGCUGACUAUGUAGCACCAGGAUUAAACCCCAGUGUAUUUACAGGUGUAUGUUAUUAGUUUGUGGGUGUGAAGCUGUGCUACAUACGGACUAGUGCAACCCUGCUACUCACAUGUCUCCAGCGUGUAUGGAUUCUUCAUUACAAAUAAAUCAUUUCCUUUGUAUGAUUUGGUGCUUCCUUCAAGAUUGGGGGUUAGGAAGGGAGAAAACUGUGCCAGA